ACAAAACCCUCCUCUCGGGGAAAAGGCCAGACUUCAAAUGAUGUUUUAAAGUCCGACUGUGCUCCUCACUCUUUCUUUCUCCUCUUUUCUUUCUCGUGGUUCCACCGAAAACCUGCUAGGUUAAAUUCUCGAACGUCAGACACGAAGGUGAAGUGAAAGGCAGGUGCUGUGUGCUGUCUCUCUCUCUCUCUCUGUCUGUGUCUCGGUGAGUGCUACACAUGGCUUCCUCACUCCUGACCCGUCAGCUGGCUCUUUCCCUCCAGCAAAACCUGCGUCUCGCUGCUCCAGGUUCCAGAUAUGUCAGCAAAACUGCUACAAAGACUGUUUCAGAGUUUGAAUAUGAUGCCCCAUCCAUGAAGACUACUGUGCCCGGUCCAAAGUCCAAGGAGCUGCUGAGACAACUUGGAGAGAUUCAGAACACUGGAGCUAUUCACUUUUUCUGCAACUAUGAGGAGAGCAGAGGGAAUUACCUGGUGGACGUUGACGGAAACCGAAUGCUGGACGUGUACACACAAAUCUCCUCCAUUCCCAUCGGUUACAAUCAUCCAGCCUUAAUGAAAGUGAUGACCAAUCCAAAUAAUGUGAGUGCAUUUGUCAACCGGCCGGCACUUGGUAUCCUGCCACCUGAGAACUUUCCAGAGAAACUGGCGGAGAGCCUGUUGUCGAUCGCCCCCAGCGGGAUGACAAAAGUGCAAACCAUGGCUUGUGGCUCCUGCUCCAAUGAGAAUGCUUUCAAGAGCAUGUUUAUCUGGUACAGAAAUAAAGAAAGAGGAUAUGCAACCCCCUCCGAAGAGGAAGUCGGCACUUGCAUGGUCAAUCAGAGUCCUGGAUGUCCAGAUUUGAGCAUUUUGUCUUUCAUGGGAGCUUUCCAUGGGAGGACUUUGGGUUGCCUGGCCACAACACAUUCCAAGGCCAUCCACAAGCUGGACAUCCCAUCCUUCGACUGGCCUAUCGCACCCUUCCCGAAGCUGCGGUAUCCUCUGGAGGAGUUUGAGAGGGAGAAUGCUCAGGAGGAAGCCCGCUGUCUGGAGGAGGUUGAGGAUCUGAUAGUGAAGUGGAGGCAGAAGGGCAAACCGGUGGCUGGUAUUGUGAUCGAGCCCAUCCAAGCUGAAGGAGGAGACAAUCACGCCUCACCAGACUUCUUCAUCAAACUAAGAAACAUUGCACGCAAGCAUGGCUGUGGUUUCCACGUUGAUGAGGUUCAGACCGGUGGAGGAGCAACGGGCAAAUUCUGGGCUCAUGAGCACUGGGGUCUGGACGACCCUGCGGAUUUGGUGUCCUUCAGCAAGAAGAUGCUGACCGGAGGAUAUUUUCACAGAGAUGAACUGCAGCCUGACAAACCUUACAGAAUCUUCAACACGUGGAUGGGAGACCCUUCCAAGAAUCUGUUCCUAUCAGAGGUGCUCAAUGUGAUCAGGAGAGAGAACCUUCUGGAGCAGGUGACGCGUUCAGGCAAAGCUCUUCUGCAGGGGCUCUAUGCUCUACAGAGUCAGUAUCCUCAUCUCUUGAGCGGAGCCCGUGGUCAGGGAACAUUCUGUGCCAUCAACGCCAGCAGUGAUGCCACACGUGACUCCAUCAUGCUGAAGGCCAGGAACAAGGGUGUAUUUCUGGGUUCCUGUGGAGAAAAAUCCAUCCGUUUCCGUCCUGCUCUAGUCUUCAAGGAGUAUCAUGUCCAUCAGCUGCUGAACAUCCUGAAUGACGUCCUGGCUGAGCAUAAAUAGAGUAGUGUCUGGCCUUCAUCAUCAAACACACAAAGAGUACUGGAGGCUUUCCAGCAGCCUCACACUAUUAACUGCUCUCUGUCUCUCCUGUCAUCUCUCAUUAAGGACGACACCAAUCUGUCUUCUGUCUCCUCUCAUUCAUCUCAUCUCCACCAUAAUUCUCUUGACCAAACUGAUUUUAGCCCAACGCUAACCAAGGGUCAUUCACUGAAAUGAUAGACCUAGAAAGCGACUGAUGUCACAGCGUAGCUUGUGAAAUGUGAGGUCAGAUGUUUUCCAACCGUCCAAAAUCUGACCAAUAAAGCAGUGUAGUAGAGACGGGGAUUUCCAAUCGCAAUAUAUUUCUAUUUUCUAUCCCUUUAAAUGUCGUAUAAAGGCAUGAGGAAAUGUUUAAAGCAUGAAAAGAUGAGCAAAGACGUUAUAGAGAUAAAUGAUAACAUAGAUAGAUAUAACUGCACUGGAAUGCUCUUUAGGAUGUCACUUUGCAGAUGGUCCUGUCUGAAAUAAAGGUAUAGUUCACUCAAAAAAAAAA